CCGCAGCCCGCGCACAUCUAGCCGCCGCGGCUCCCUGCCCCCGUUCUACGGACSUGGGUAUCGGCGGCCGCAGGGCCGCUCCCGGGGCCACAUGGCUGAGGGGGACACAGGGAGCGACCAGAGGCAGAAUGAGGAAAUUGAAGCAAUGGCAGCCAUUUAUGGCGAGGAAUGGUGUGUCAUUGAUGAUUGUGCCAAAAUAUUUUGUAUUAGAAUUAGCGAUGAUAUAGAUGACCCCAAAUGGACACUUUGCUUGCAGGUGAUGCUACCAAACGAAUAUCCAGGUACAGCUCCACCUAUUUAUCAACUGAAUGCUCCUUGGCUUAAAGGGCAAGAACGUGURGAUUUAUCAAACAGCCUUGAAGAAAUAUAUAUACAGAAUAUUGGUGAAAGUAUUCUUUACCUGUGGGUGGAGAAAAUAAGAGAUGUGCUAAUACAAAAAUCUCAGAUGACAGAACCAGGCCCAGAUGUGAAGAAGAAAACUGAAGAGGAAGAUGUUGAAUGUGAAGACGAUCUCAUAUUAGCAUGUCAGCCAGAGAACCCAGUGAAAGCAUUGGAUUUUGAUAUCAGUGAAAAUCAACCAGAAAUAGAAGAAUUACCUCCGAUUGAUCAUGGCAUUCCUAUUACUGACCGAAGAAGUACUUUUCAGGCCCACUUGGCUCCUGUAGUUUGUCCUAAACAGGUGAAAAUGGUUCUUGCCAAAUUGUAUGAGAAUAAGAAAAUAGCUAGUGCCACCCACAACAUUUAUGCCUAUAGUUGUGGGGCGUUCUUCAGGCUACUGUACACACAGCUGUUGGAUGCUGUGUCAUCAUCUUCCUGGCAUGUGAGGAAAGGGAUAUAUUGUGAGGAUAAACAGACCUUCUUGCAGGACUGUGAGGAUGAUGGGGAAACAGCAGCUGGCGGGCGUCUYCUCCAUCUCAUGGAGAUUUUGAAUGUGAGGAAUGUCAUGGUGGUAGUAUCACGCUGGUAUGGAGGGAUUCUGCUAGGACCAGAUCGCUUUAAACAUAUCAACAACUGUGCCAGAAACAUACUGGUGGAGAAGAACUAUACAAGUUCACCUGAGGAAUCCUCUAAGGGUUUGGGAAAGAACAAAAAAGUAAAAAAAGACAAGAAGAGGAAUGAACAUUAAAACCUGAAACUAUAUGAAAGGUUGAUUUGCCUAUAAUCAUAUACACAUUCCAUAGUCAUCAAGGAAUAUAAUGUACAGAGAGAAUAUCCUCGACUGCUCAAGUCAGUCAAUUCAUUGUGGACACCAGCAUUAUCUUUUCCUUCUUGGUUA